GCUCAAAAUCAUCCACAGCUGUGUGUCUGUGUUUGUCAUAUAGGAAUCAGGAAUCAGCAAACAUUUACUACCAAAAUAUGUCAUUACUUGGCGGUUGGCGCAUAACAGCAGACAGUUGGACAAUGGACAACAAGACAUUUCCGUUCCUUCCAUAUAGCUGGAGAAGGAGUAAGAAUCAUGACCACAGUGAGUGUGAAGAGACAGAGAGGGACUGAGGUGGUUGCCCUCGUGCACGAGGGAAGUGGGAAAAGGAGGAAGCAAAAUACCAAGAUCCGAGCAAGUGGGAAUUCAUCAAAUGCAAAUGAAUAGAGCUGGAUAUUAACUACAACGCUCAAAAACAUAAUUUGCACCACCCAAAGCUUGUCAACUUAUUAAUUAUUUAACAUAACUGUGACUUGUUGCUACUCUUUGUUUUUGGUGCACUUUUCCCCUAUUAAUUAUUUAUCUACCUGAAUUGUAUUGCUGACAUGGAGACAGAUCUGAGACAGUAUAGACACGUUUGGUAAAAGAAAAAUUGGAAAAUUGAAAGAAGAAUAUAAUCUGUAGGAAAUGUAUGAAGACCGCAAUUAUUUGCCAAAGUAUAAAUACUGUCACUUUUAGAAAUUUGACCGCAUCAAAAGAAAGAUGGCUUGUGUAAAAGCUUGUCAGAUAAAGCGUAAGGAAACAAAAAUCCUCAACAAUAAUCCAAAGUAGCAAUAGACACCAGCUGGGUGUGCAACAAUCUAAUGCAUUUUGAAUGAAUGUUACGUAAUUUUGUAAUAAACAGAUUCAACACAGCAGCCCAUUGGGCAGCAGCCAUUUCACAUGUUGUUGCAAGAUAAAAACAGGUGUAAUUAAUAACAUAAUUAUUAAAUAAGAACGGUAGCAUAUUUAAUUUGAUCAAUUGACCUUGCUAUGACUUGUGAAAAUGUCUGUUAUAAAAAAGGGACUAUAAUACAUUUACACACAUUUUACAUUAUACAAUAUUGCAUUGGUUAUAGCGAAAUGUGGGAGUUGUGUACAAUAAUAUGCGUCACCAAGCAUAAGACAUGACUUAGCUUUAUCAAUAUGUAAUCAUCAACUAAUUCGAGGAGGUGUAAAAAGUAUUAGUAGCAACCAAAGUUUAUUUGCAACGCAGAGACUGCUUUCCACUGAGUUGGCCUUACUUUACAGCGGGGGAAUUCGUUACUAGGCAACGCAGUGGACCUCCACUGAGUUAGCAUUAGCCUAACUUUAACCGUUUCUGGGUUUACUCACCUGGCUGGACGUCGUUCUGCGAACCUUGAAGGAUUCCUCGUCUAUCAGGUCCAUGUUCAACUUCUCUGCUUUUUCGUUUAACUUAACGUUAAGUUAAAUAUAUCCACCAGUCCAGUCUUCCUCGCUCGUGCCCUAAAAAAAACCCGUCAACUAAUCCUUUAGUUGCUAAAUGACGCUCGCUAGUCGCACUUAACAGCACAAACACUUAACAUGCUGCCAUAACUUAACGUAGCUAAAAGAAAUACGCUUCCAAACUAACUUAAUGUUAAAAUUGCCGAUAUUAGUCCACUGCCCCUAAUAUUAGCCUUUUUGUGUUUUUGACGAGGACCAGAAUUCACCUGUUUUCGACGCAACAACGUAGAUGCGUUCGAUUUGCAUCCCUCUACGUGAUUACAGGGCGGUGAAUUAAAUCAGUUUUCCCCUCACCUGCACGCGAUACUUCAUUAUUUUAACACUUAAUGUAGAGAACUUUACAUCCAAUAUUUUUCACGAACUGACUCUUGUUUUAAUGCAAAUAUUUUCAUUUGAUAUCCAAAGACAAACAGUACAUGCUUCUGGUUGGUAGAUUUAUCGACUGGUCGACUGUCGGAGAUUUUCGUGCAUCGAAUCGAGCGCCUCACAAAAUUGAGCACAACCAGGCUGAUGAGCCCAAAUUCAUGUGGUAGAGCUCCAUCUGCUGGCUUUCAAAAAGAUUACAGGAAAAUGUUUAAAUAACGGGUUAACUUUUCAUUAAAAUAAUGCAAGCAUGUGCUAUACAUCGUUGUCUUGACUUGAUGUCAAAUUUAUAAAAAUGAAAUAUUCCCAAAUGUCACAUACCUGGUGUGCUUUUUUCGCCAAUGCUGAUUCAUUGCGAUGAUUGAAACUCGAUUGGACGUUAAAAAACAACAUGUUUCACACGUUUCUGUCUAAGCUUCAGAGCAAACCCUGCUUUUUAUACUUCACCUAAUAAUUAGAUGAAAAAUUGGAAAACCUUUUAGAGACAGCAGCCCCACAAAUGACCUGAGAGGGGCAGCAAUCGGCACUGUGUUUGUGUUUAUAGCUUCUUCUUCUUCGUCUCUUUUACUUUCGGGCGGAGUAGACUGCGUAAGUAGAAGAGACGAAGAAGAAGAAGCUAUAAACACAAACACAACCGUUCAGUGCAUCAGCUGGACCCUUCACAACACCGGGCACACGAUUUCAGUCAGUUGCCAUGGAGCGAUGCUUUAGUGUCGGCAGGGAUGAUUCCGCUCCUUGCUCCCCACCCCCUCCUCCUCCUCCUCCACCUCCUCGCGUUCUCCCCCCUCCGUUUCCUCCCUCCUCUCCCCUGUCAGUCCUGACUGCCGCUCCACAAGAAGCAAGGCUGAGUUUUGUGGCGGGAGCCAUGGUGGACGUCAGUAAGUGGCCCCUGUUUUCCCUGCUGAGCACCGAGGAACUGGCCACAGUGCGGCAGGCCUGCGUGUUCGGAAACUCUGCCAACGAAGCCAUCUACAUCACACACGCCAAUGAGGCUUUUGCGCUUGGGUUGAACAGCAGUGGCUGCCUCGGCACAGGAGACAGUCUGAGCACCAUUGUGCCCAAGAAACUGGACUUUCUGCGGGGGAAGAAGGUCGCCAGCCUCAGCUAUGGAAGCGGGCCGCAUGUCCUGUUGGCUACAGAGGACGGACAGCUGUUUGCCUGGGGCCACAACAGCUACAGUCAGCUGGGGAACGGGACCACCAACCAGGGACUGUCGCCGCUGCCGGUCGCCAUCAACCCACUGAACAAGAAAGUGAAGGAAGUGGCGUGCGGCUCGCAUCACUCCGUGGCCCUCACUCUGGAUGGAGAGGUCUUUGCAUGGGGUUAUAACAACUGUGGCCAGAUCGGCUCGGGCUCCACCGCCAACCAGCCCGGCCCCAGGAAGGUCACCGGCUGCCUGCAGGGCAAGACGGCGGUCGGCAUCACGUGCGGACAGACCUCCUCCAUGGCGCUGGUUGACAACGGAGAGGUUUACGGCUGGGGCUACAACGGGAACGGACAGCUGGGCAUCGGGAACAACGGGAACCAGCUGACGCCUUGCCGCCUCGCUGCCCUCCAGGGGAUGUGCAUGCAACAGGUGGUGUCGGGCUACAGCCACUGCCUGGCGCUGACUGAUGAAGGGCUGCUGUACGCCUGGGGAGCAAACACCUACGGCCAACUGGGGACCGGCAACAAGAGCAACCACCUCAGCCCCGUGCUGAUCAUGGCGGAAAAAGAGAGGAUUGUCGAGGUCGCAGCUUGCCAUUCAACUCACACGUCAGCGGCCAAGACCCAAAGCGGUCAGGUGUAUAUGUGGGGUCAGUGUCGGGGUCAGUCCAUCGUCAUGCCACACCUCACAAACUUCACCACCACAGACGACGUCUUCGCCUGCUUUGCCACACCCUCCGUCAUGUGGAGGCUCAUGUCUAUGGGGCACGACGACUUCACGACCGUCGCGGAGGCUCUGAGGAAAGAGUUCGACAGUCCGGAGACGGCCGACCUCAAGUUCAGCGUCGACGGCAAAUGCAUUCACGUGCACAAGGCUGUGCUGAAGAUCAGGUGUGAGCAUUUCCGGUCCAUGUUCCGCUCCCAGUGGACCGAGGACCAGCAGGAUGUGAUCGAGAUCGGCCAGUUCUCUUACCCAGUCUACCGGUCCUUCCUGCGGUUCCUCUACACGGACACCGUCGACCUCCCGCCCGAGGACGCCAUCGGCCUGUUGGACCUGGCCACCUCUUACUGUGAGAACCGUCUGAAACGCCUGUGUCAGCAGAUCAUCAAGAGAGGGAUCAACGUCGAUAACGCCUUUACCUUGCUGUCUGCCGCCAUACAGUACGACGCCGAGGACCUGGAAGUGUUUUGUUUUCGGUUCUGCGUGAACCACCUCACUCAGGUGACUCAGACGGGAGCCUUCUGGCAGGUGGACGGAGCGAUGCUCAAGGAGUUCAUCAGCAAAGCCAGCCGCUGCGGGGCCUUCAAGAACUGAGCCGUUUAAAAG